AACGAGACGAUGGGCGCGGGCGCCGCGCGCGCGGCGAGCAACGCAGAAAUCCUGCGCAAAGCGUGUGGCGACUCCUCUUCCCUCUUCUUGCUUCCAUGGUGCCCGCCGACAUUGUCCUGCUGGCGUGGGCCCUGUUCUCGCUGUCAUUUCAGGCCCGUGCGUGCUCCGGCCCCGCUGACUCCGCUCUACCGCAAGUACAAGACGGCUGGGUACGACCACAUGUACACGGCCGAUUUGGGCGAGUACAACGCAAACAACGGGUGGACGCAGGAGGGAGUGCGCGCGCUGGUGUUCACGACGCAGGUCCCGGGGAGCGUGAAGCUGUAUCGCUUGUGGAGCGGGGUUGCAAUUGACCAUCUCUACACAACCGACAAGUCUGAGGGCGACAAGGCCACACAGACCGGCGGGUACGUCUACGAAGACGCCUCACUCUACGUGUACCCGUCUGCGCAGUGCGGCGCGGUCCCGCUGUACCGGCUUUACCUCGGCGGCGACGGCAAGGACCACUUCUACACCGCCGACCCCGCCGAGCGCGAUCAGGCUGUGGGACUCGGAUACAAAUACGAGUGGGUCGCGGGGUAUGUCUUCCCGAAGGAUGCCGCCCAGCAGCAGCAACAACAGCAACAGCAACCAGCCCAGACAACAACCAAGGGCCAGCCUGAUCCCGGCGCGCCGCCGGCGCAGCCUUCCCGCACCAACAAUGGUAGUCCCAACGCGGGCUCCAGCGCCGGCGGAACAACCCUGGCGGCGGGCGGCGGCCCCGGGCUGCUCACGUACUCCGGUUCGGUGCUACCCGCAGCGACGUCGCUGCUUCCCGGUGGGCAGAACACGAACGCGAAUGGGGAUAGCCAGAAUUCCGCGGCGGGGGUGCGGAUCGGGAGUGGGGUGAGUGUGGGUGGGCUUAUAGCGCUGGGGAUUGUAUGCUUAAUUGCAUGA